AUGCAUACGGCCGAUUAUGUUAAUCAUCUUGGUAGUAUCGUAGUCUUUCGAGGAGGUGAUGGUCGUGAUUAUUUAAAUGAUUUACAUGCACUAGAGAUUCAUACGAUGACAUGGACAAGGAUCAAGACACGUGGUCAAGCACCAGCUCCACGAGCAAGUCAUAGUUCAGCUAUGGUUGGUCAUGAAUUACUUAUUUUUGGUGGAUGGGAUGGUCAACAACGACUGAAUGAUAUUCAUGUCUUGGAUACACGGCAUAUGACGUGGUCAGCUGUGGACAAGGAGAUUCGAGUUCACACGAGACAGGAUGUUGCGCCACCAUUACCUCGAGCAGGCAUGACAAUGGCGUGUCAUCGAGAUUUACUCUUUGUAUUUGGAGGAUCAGGUCCGUCAUCGAAAUGUUAUGAUGAUUUACAUGUUUAUGACCCAAAUGGACACGAAUGGAUAGAGACGAUUGCCAUGGUCACGACCGAGAACUCAAAUAAUGGACAGAGACAUAAGUGGAGACACAGCUAUCGAUCGAAUCCUAGUCGAACACGACGUCGAUGGGACAUCUAUCAAGAUGACGUACAACAGAAUAUGAUUUUGGCUGGAAAUGAUACGGAAGCGUUUGAUGAUGAUCUAGACAGUGACGAGGAGUUUGAAGAUGCUCAUAGUGAUGGAGAAGCGAUGAGAAUAGCACAAGGUCUAGCUAACGAUUCUUGCGGCUUGGCGAACCCAAACGAAAUGUGCGAGUUUCUUGACGUGGAGAUGUCAAAACGACGAAAAACUCUUUAUGUGGUAGGGAGAGGACCCGGGCGAAGAGCUGGGCACACGUGCACAGUGGUGGACCGCAUGCUCGUGAUCUUUGGAGGCUCAUGCGGUGCCAACUAUCUGAAUGACUGCUUCACACUCGACACAGACCCACCUCCACGCGCUUCUGUGUCACUUCCGUCGCCAGUUAGAAUGCUACGACAUGCGCUCGCUCAAUAUGUUGACUGCGAGGAGUUUGCUGAUAUUUCUUUCCUUGUCGAAGGACGCGUGGUGUACGCACACAAAAUAAUUUUGUCAGCCUUAUGUGCACGGUUUCGUGGAAUGUUCUCUUCAGGCUUUCGUGAAGCUCGAGAGUCUCAAGUUGUUAUUACGGAGAUGCGUUACGAGAUUUUUUUACUACUGCUUGAGUAUCUCUACACAGGACACGUUGAAACACACGAUGAUGCGUUUGCUAUGUGCUCGAUAACUCAAGGUGUGGCUCACGAGCUAAAAUUUGUCAGCAAAAAUGUAGCUGCUUGCCCGCAAUCCGCAGACGGGCUUAACGAAUUUGAAGAAGCUUGCCGUAAAGAAACAGCACAAGCCCAGUCUCUUGAUUUAGGGUUGGAAACGAUGCUGCAGUCUUUGCUGGAACUGCUUGUGGCUGCAGAUCAAUUUAUGUUGGAUCAUCUAAAACAGCGCUGUGAGCAGGCAUUGCAGUACGCAGUACGCAUCGGUAGCGUCGAGGCAAUAGCCGAAGCAGCCGACCGCGCAAAUGCAAUUCAGUUGCAAGCUGUAUGCCGACACUUUCUGCGCAACCAUUCGCUGCUAUUACCAUCCCGUGUACCUUUAAACGAAUGCUGUUCGUUUGACAGCGGUGAUGAUGAUAAUCCUGAAAGAAAACUUCAGACUCCUCGAGAUGAAGAUGUGAACGAAGCGAUAUGA